GGGGUGGGGGUGAGCUAAAGCUAGCUGGCUAGCCCAAGCCAAUCAUCCCGGAGACUUUUUGACGUUGUCACCCGGCAAACCCCAACCCGAAUGUUUCGUCUGUCAUGAGUCCGACCGGGUGCUCCCAUGUGAACGGUUAUAAGGUGGACAAUUGGAAGCAAAACCUCCGCGUCAUAUACCAAUGCUUUGUUUGGAGUAGCACUGCCGAAACCAGGAGACGUAAGGUGCUUCAGGGUGAUGCGGGACGGACAGAGAUGGCCAAGUCCUGCAUCUGUCACAUGUGUGGCGCCCACCUGAACCGACUUCACUCUUGUCUCUACUGCGUUUUUUUCGGUUGCUUCGCCAAGAAACACAUCCACGAGCACGCCAAAAACAAGAGGCACAAUCUGGCUGUAGACUUAUUAUACGGCGGAAUCUAUUGUUUUGUGUGUCAAGACUACAUCUACGACAAAGAGAUGGAGCAGAUUGCCAAAGAGGAACAGAGGAAAGCCUGGAAAUUACAAGGCGUAGGCGAGAAAUACACAACGUGGGAGCCCAGCAAGCGAGAGCUGGAGCUCUUACGACACAAUCCGAAGCGGAGGAGAAUCACUACGAACUGUACCAUAGGUUUACGAGGGUUAAUAAAUCUGGGCAACACGUGUUUCAUGAACUGCAUCGUGCAGGCCCUCACGCACACGCCGCUGCUGCGGGACUUCUUCCUCUCCGACAGGCACAAGUGCGAGAUGCAGUCCAACUCCUGUCUGGUGUGCGAGAUGUCGCAGCUCUUUCAGGAGUUCUACUCGGGCCACCGUUCGCCUCACGUUCCCUUCCGGCUGCUCCACCUGGUGUGGACGCACGCGCGCCACCUGGCCGGUUACGAGCAGCAGGACGCCCACGAGUUCCUCAUCGCCGCGCUGGACGUUCUACACCGGCACUGCAAAGGGGACGCCAUCAGAGAGAACGACAACGGAAAGAAGGCCAACAAUCCCAACCACUGUAACUGCAUCAUCGACCAAAUUUUCACUGGCGGGCUCCAGUCGGACGUGACCUGUCAGGUUUGCCACGGCGUUUCCACGACGAUAGAUCCCUUCUGGGACAUCAGCUUGGACCUGCCUGGCUCGUCCACGCCGUUCUGGCCCCUCAGUCCCGGAGGCGGCGGCGGCGGCGGCACAACGGUCAACGGAGAAUGCCACCCGUCGGGCUCCACUACGCUCACCGACUGCCUACGCAGGUUCACGCGGCCCGAGCAUCUCGGAAGCGGCGCCAAAAUCAAGUGCGGUGGUUGCCACAGUUACCAGGAGUCCACCAAGCAGCUGACGAUGAAGAGGCUGCCCAUCGUGGCCUGUUUCCAUCUCAAACGGUUCGAGCACUCUGCCAAACUGCGGCGCAAGAUCACCACCUACGUGUCGUUUCCUCUCGAGCUGGACAUGACACCCUUCAUGGCAUCCAGCAAAGAGAGCAGAAUGAAUGGGCAGUAUCAACAAGCGGCGGACGUGCUAAACAACGACAAUAAGUAUUCCUUGUUCGCGGUGGUCAACCACCAGGGCACGUUGGAGAGCGGCCACUACACAAGCUUCAUCCGCCAGCACAAGGACCAGUGGUUCAAAUGCGACGACGCCGUCAUCACCAAGGCCAGCAUGAAGGACGUGCUCGAUAGCGAAGGGUAUCUCUUAUUCUACCACAAACAGUUCCUGGAGUACGAGUAGUUGUCGGGCCCUCCUCUCCGCUGACCACGAAGAACCGCUGAUGGACGGUUGGCAACCACACACACACACACACACACACACGAACUACCUGACAGACUUAAAAAGAAAAAAAAAGAAAAACCGGCAUAUGACAUGCAUGCUUUCAACAACAAAUCAAGCACUGAGCUACUUCUUGGCAUCUACUUGACAAAAGCAAAUGAAGAGGAUCAAGAGUCGUCACCUCUGGGCGCAUCUUAGGACAGUUUUCGGACACCCCCUAAAGGGGCGGGGGGGGGAAAACAAGCUGCCGCGGUGCUGUCGUCUCAUCUGACCAAGCAUUUAACUCCAAAGGCUGCCAUUAUGCAUCAUGGGAAAGCAAAAAAAAGGAAAACAUUCAACUCUGAGCACGAUGAGGGGGAAAAAAAAGUCCAUCCAUGUAUCAAGAACUUGGCUGGAGCAUUUGUAUGGCUAUCAUAUCAUUUGGAAUGGAUCUCGAUUUGAUUUGAUUUGGGGGGUGGGGGGGGCGCUUGCCCGCCAGGCCUGUUGCAAAGGCCGGCGUUACCAUGGAAACCCUUUGGACCUGCGACGUUUUCAAAUCUGCUCAUUGGCAGGGAAUUCAUUUUCUUUUUGAGCACUCGUGGACAAAUCUCCCUUGUUUACUACUUUGGUUUGAUUUUUCAAAAGACUUUUCAUAUGUCCCUUGUCGUUACUGGGAAUGUUUUUGGACGUCUAUGCUACUUUCAUUCUUGUGGAAUUGUUGAGAUGAUGAUGAUGAUGAUGAUGGUGCUGAUUAAAAGGACGCUCACUUUU